AUGGAGCUGAUCGAUGAGAUCAUCGUUCCUUGUUGUCUUUUAGGCCUAGUCGCGGCCCUGGCGCAGUUUCUGGUGAUCAGGAAAAUCUCGCUGACCCCGGAUGGCAAGGAUAGCCUCAGCACUGGGCUGACGGCGGGCGGCAGUGAGCAGGCGGCCAAGCUGGUCCCGGAGAUUUACGAAAAGAUCAUGACCGGCGCCAUUCAGUUCAUCAAGGUCGAGUACGCCAUCUGCACUGCAUUCUGCGUGGCUUUUGCCGUGCUGAUCAGCGCUCUGGUGUCUUGGGGAACGAAGAGCACCCUGCAAGGGCACCUGACCGCGGGCGCCUUCCUCACAGGAGCUUUCACGUCGAUGCUCUGUGGGUUCCUGGGCAUGAUGAUCGCCACCUACUCCAACGCCCGCACCACCCUGGCCUGUGCCUACAGCGGCUACACCCUGGGCUUCAACACGGCCUUCCGCGGCGGCAGCGUCAUGGGCUAUGCGCUGUGCUCUCUGGGUGUUCUGAUCCUCUGGAUGCUGCUGAGCUUCUACCGCACCAUCUUCCCAGAGGCUGACGACUGGGAGAUCCUCUUCGACUGUGCGGCCGGCUAUGGCCUGGGUGGCAGCACCGUUGCCAUGUUCGGCCGUGUCGGCGGUGGUAUCUACACCAAGGCCGCCGACGUCGGUGCGGACCUGGUCGGCAAGGUCGUUGCCGGCCUGGAUGAGGACGAUCCCAACAACCCCGCCACCAUUGCGGACAACGUGGGCGACAACGUGGGCGACAUCGCCGGCAUGGGCGCGGACCUUUUCGGAUCCUUCGCCGAGAGCACCUGCGCUGCACUGGUCAUCGCCGCCGCCGCGGUGGAAGGCUCGCACCACACGCUGGCAGAUGCUGGCUGGGAUGCCAUGCUCUUCCCUCUGGCCAUCUCGGCUGCCGGCAUUGUGAUCUGCAUCCUGUGUGGCUUUGUGGCCACCAACAUCUCGCCUGUCAAGGAAGAAGCCGACAUCGAGACUGUGCUGAAGGUGCAGAUGGUGCUCACCGCUGUCCUGAUGUUGCCAGUGAUCUACUACCUUGCGGUUGUCUUGCUCCCUCCGGAGUUCCGUUUGGAGGGUGUGCGCCUGACGGAGGAUGGGCACCCGGCCAAGAUCACCGGAAGCCCUUACAAGUGCUUCAUCUGUGCCACCAUGGGCUGCGUGGGCGGCCUCAUCAUCGGUUUGGUCACGGAGUACUUCACCUCCCACAGCUACGUGCCCACACGUGAGCUGGCCGCCGCGUGCAAGUUCGGCACUGCCGUGAACAUUAUCCAGGGCUUGGCCUUGGGCUACAAGAGCUGCAUCGUGCCGGUCUUCGUGCUGUCCUCGAGCAUCUUCGUGUCCUUCCAGCUCUGCGACCUGUACGGCAUCGCACUGGCGGCUUUGGGCAUGCUCGCGACGCUCUCCUGCGGCCUCACCAUCGACGGCUUCGGCCCCAUCUCGGACAACGCAGGCGGCAUCGCGGAGAUGGCGCUCUUCGGCCCCGAGGUGCGCCGCCGCACGGAUGCCCUGGACGCCGCCGGCAACACCACCGCGGCCAUCGGCAAGGGCUUCGCCAUCGGCUCCGCCGCCCUGGUCUCCCUGGCCCUCUACGGUGCCUUCGUCGUGCGCCUGCGCGUGAAGACCGGCGUCAACAUCCUGGAGCCCGUCACCUUCGCCUUCCUCAUCAUCGGCUGCAUGAUCCCUUACUGGUUCGCCGCCCUCACCAUGAAGUCCGUCGGCAAGGCGGCGGGCGAGAUGGUGGCCGAGGUGAAGAGGCAGUUCAGCGUCAAGGACAGCCAGGGUAAGACUCUGCUGGAUGGCAGCACCGAGUUGAAGCCGGACUCUUUGACCUGCAUCCAGAUCUCUACCCAGGCUUCCCUGGUAGAGAUGGUGGCUCCUGCCUGCUUGGUGAUCCUUUCCCCUCUCCUCGCCGGCACCUUCUUCGGCGUCCAGGCCGUCUUCGGGCUCCUUACGGGCUCCCUGGGCUCCUCCGUGCAGCUGGCUAUCUCCAUGUCCAACUCGGGCGGCGCCUGGGACAACUGCAAGAAGUUCAUCAAGAACGGCUUCUCCGAUGACCCCGAGCUGCGCUACACCAAGAACCCGAAGACCGCCGAGGAGGUGAAGGCAGCGCCGAAGGCCAAGGAGGCGCACGAUGCUGCCGUGCAGGGCGACACCGUCGGCGACCCUUUCAAGGACACCUCCGGCCCGGCGCUGAACAUCGUGAUGAAGCUGCAGGCCAUCGUGUCCCUGGUCUUUGCCGCCUACUUCGCGGCCAUCAACCACGGACACGGCUUCUUCGGCACUGCGACCCUCUGA